AUGCCUAUCACUCGCCAAAGAAGAAGAUCUGAUAAAUCGGUCCUUCUGCCUGGUAUCCCCAUGGAUGAGAAGCGAUCUAGAGGAUCUAGGGCAUCUGGCCCUAGCCCCAGUCGUGUUACCAAGUCCGCUGUAAAGAAAGGGAAGAAGAGGGUGCAAGAUGCAAGUCUGCCCCAUUUUGCACUUGCGAACGACCUCCUCGCGCGUGGGGAAGGGCUACGUCGUCCCGGAACCCUUUCAUUGCAUGGUCAAGUUUUCAAGCCACCGAAAGUAUGGGGACACCGUGACGAGCCUAUAAACGAUCCUAGCAUGCUACCUAAAGGAUGGUCUUCAAGCGAGACAGAUCUUGCCGAGGAUGAUGUCGACGGUCAAAUUGAAAGAUGUUACAGACGCAUCGAUGAGGGAAUCAUGCCUGAUAUUUUCCGGGACAGGUUGGAAAUGUACCAAAAUAUCAAGCUGAGACAGACAGAAAUGAUCAACUCCGAGCCUAGCGGUCUUAGCUGGGAAGUCAUUCAACGCCUUGAUUGUCUGAAGAAGGUCAAAGCGAGCUUCUAUGAGUUGGGAAAUGACAAUGGGAAUACCCCCAACGUGAUAGCCAUUAUGGCUGCCUACCGGUCUGGGAACCUUGUCUGGGAUAAAGAGAAGGUCACUUACUGGGCACACGGAAAAAUGGUUGGCGGUCCCAAGAAGAUGGAAAUGGAAGAGUUUUACGCUCUUAGUAGGCAGCUUGGCCCAGAGGGUAUUUGGGUAGAAGGAAUGGACGACUACAAACCAGAACCGAUGUAUCUGUUCUUCUACAUGCCCCCGCUCCAGAGAGGGUACGCCAUGCAUGAGUUUAUCGUAUCGAUCCGAAAUCCUAACACUUGGCAAAAAAACACAUGGCAACAUACCGUACACCUCAAUGUUAUAGAGGAUACUGGUGCUAUAGCAAUGAAGAUUCACCAGUCCGAUAGACUCUACAUUGAACGACUGAGUGGCGCCGGUCUGCCUGUCACUGGUACAACAAGAAUGGGCACAGCGGCUGGUGAGGUCCCGGUGGAUAAUGUGGUAUUGCAAGUCAAUGUCUUCCACAAUGAUCAGCCACUCCUCCCCCGGUGGACUGAUAUUCGAGCUUGUAUAACCCGUGAGCCCGGCGAUGCUUCUACGGGUUUGCGGCUAUCUGGUCUCUGGCUUCACCAUAUGCUAUAUUGUUUGAGUGUGCCUAAUAACUCUGAAGCUAUGUACGUGGGAACUGACCUCCCUGAAAUAUUGGCAAAUGUGCCACUUUGCAAUCCAGCAUACGCAAUACCGCCAUCCACUGAUCCUAUUUGA